AUGGCGGACAAAGCCCCCAAGAGCACGGAUGGAGCAGCGAAGCAGCGCAUCAUCACCCACAUGAACAACGAUCACCAAGACUCCCUUAUCCGCUACCUCCGGUACUACGCCCAGCUCUCCAGCUUCUCCGCUCGUAAUGCCCAUCUAGCCGACAUCAGCUUCACCGACCUGACCAUCCUCUCUUCCAGCGGCACACCUCAUACCGUACCCAUCAAGCCUGCCAUGACAUCCUGGUCGGAAGCUAGACCGCGAGUGGUAGCCAUGGACGCUGAAGCGGUCGCCGGCCUGGGUGCUAGCGACAUCACGGUGAAGAAGUACAAGUCACCGCGCGGCUUUAUGACGGUCGUCUUCGUCGCCUGCGUGCUCACCCACAUCUUCUUCUGCCGCCGCGCCAACUUCGAACCCGGCUCAGUCCUCUAUGAUGCAUUACUUAAGUACGUCCCGAGCUUGGCGAAUUUCUGCCGGACCAUUCAAGCACCGCUGUUUUGGUUCAUGAUCGUGGUGCAUGGAGGGGAGGCAGCGUGGAUGGCGAAGAGCAGGUUAGAGAAGCAUACGGUUAGGAUUUUCAGUAGGGUGUGGUGGAUGUGGGUAUUGAGUUGCUAUAUGGAGGGGUUUGGGAGCUAUGUACGGUUCGAUGAGUGUGUGAGGGAGGAGCAGGAGAAGAGAGAGGGAAUGAAGCAUUGA